AUGGAAGUUCCCAUUGAUGGAGAUACAGCUGAGUUAGAAAUGAAUGUUAUUGAAUUGGGGUUUCCAAAAUCUGUUCCAUUAGAAGAUGAAAAUAAACCGGAUUCACUUGACACUGAAUCAUCUGUUAUUGAUCAAAUUUUGUCAACGGGAUCCGAAGGCUUGACCAAAGGAUUGGAUGAUUCCGAUUCCGGAGAUGGUGGUCGACAGAAGGAGCCAAAAGUUUGGGCAGUUACAGGGGGUAGUGAUGGGAUUGCAGAUAAUUUUAAUGAACUUGUUCCUGAUAGGGCAUUGGAUUUCCCUUUUGAACUAGAUGCAUUCCAAAAGGAGGCUAUAUAUUAUCUUGAGAAAGGGGAAUCAGUUUUUGUAGCAGCUCAUACUUCAACUGGAAAGACUGUUGUUGCAGAGUACGCCUUUGCACUCGCAUCAAAAUUUUUAUGCAGCAUUGUACAAGGGACUUUUCUAGGAAGUUUGACGUGGGUCUUCUCACAGGGGAUGUUAGUUCAACUGAAUACUAAAACUUUCAACAUUCUUUUAACAGAAGUGGUAAAUCUGAUCUGA